AUGAGACUUAACAGCCUGUACGUCUCUUACAAAAAAGAGACGGGGCGGCUAUUGUAUUGGCUCAUCCAGACUUCCAAUAACCUUAUCCAGUCGCUGGAUACUCACGAUUGUCCGCUUCAAGUCAAUCUCACAGGCCAGGCCCCCGUCUCCGAUCUCGUCUCCAUGGCGAAACUCAUUGCCAAACACCACAUUGACAUUCCAUCCAAGACACUCGCACUAUUUCACUCUGUCAUUGAACUACGGACUAUUUGCUACUCUCAGUUUCAGGAACUCGCAUCCAUGUGUCCUAGCGAAGAGCUUCUGGAAAGUAACUCAAAGCACAAGUAUUUCAUCGACAUCCUCACCGAAGCCUUCCACAUCUUGGGCGGCGAAGCGUGGCUAGCGGAACAAGAGGAGAAACCAGCAAACGAGGGCGAAGAAACGGCAGACGGCAGCGAAGAAAAAGCCGACGCGAGAAUCUGGACCAUGGCCAACAGAUUCUCGGUCCUGAAUCUGGAUAAUGACUCUGAGAGUGGCACCUCCCACGGCGGCGAGAACAACGGUGAAGCUGACGUCGAUGCUAGCAGUUCCGCACCACCUCGACAACAGCGAAAGAAACAAAACGGCAAGGGUAAAGGAAAGAAAGGUAAGGGCAAGAAGCCUCGACAAGGGGAUGCUCAGACUACUGGCGACGUGCCUCCGGAGAGCUACCAUAUCAUCGAAGACGAUGAGCUUCAGCAGUACUUCAUGGCCGCGUAUUCGAUGGCCAAGGAUUGGAUAGAGCUCCGCUCAUUGCUCCAGGACUUUUGGAGAAGAGUCGCCUAUCGAAACCUCAAUGGUGCGAUGGUGGCCGCUCUCUGCAAUAUCGCUGUGGCAAUGAUCAAGCAAUCCGAGGCCGUGAUCUUUGGCGAGUUUCCUGGCUAUGAAUCGCUUGACAUGAUGAUACUCACUUUCAUUCACGGGGACGCCGAGAAAGCAGCAAGGGAAUGUCGAUUCAUCAACAACUUGGACGAUGUGAAAGGCUUUUGGGAAAGCGAGGAGAUGCCGGUGGAUGUCCAGGAAACCUUCCUCAUCAAUGUCUACGACGACCUUGUUGACUUCAUCAACGACUUCCAGAAGACGAGGAGCGGCAAGCCGACAAAACGAAUGCUCGCCCAGCUCAAAGGUUGGGAUCCCUAUUAUGAUCUCCAAAGGGCAACCAAAGACGAGAGACUGAAAUGGAGACGCAGUUAUACCAUCAACUGGCUAUACGACCUCGUCAAUUCUGUUGCGUGGAGAGCGCUGGCUGGGUCGUCAAAGGAGGAGAAAGGCUACGUGUUGGAGGACGUGGACUGGGGAGCCACGGGUCCAUUCAAAGACGACAAAAGACUGUUUGGCCUCUUCGACUUCGCAGUGGAGGUGACAACGCUUGCGAUGCAGAAGCCAGGCACUGCUUUCCGCCACAGAAUCACGCCUCAUCUCGUGUUUCACCUUCAGUGCAUUAUAGAUGCCUGGACCGUGUCUCGCGGAUGGGCAGUGAGCGGAAUCAGAGGUCAUGUCCUCAGCGAGCCAGCUCCUGACUUCGAUCCACGACGUCACUUGGACAUGUUUCUCGGUCAAGGGGAUUGGAUGACGAAAGGCUUCGGAUUCUACAGGGGCGUCGCUGACCUGAAGUCGCUUUGGGAAUCCUUUAGGCACAGCGGCAGGGCAUAUGACGACGUCACGACAGCCAUUACUUUACACGAAGAGCUCUGCAAGGAGUUUGCCGAGGCUCUGGGAAACUCUCCGCUCGAACAGACGCCUGCAGUGCUCCCCUCUCGAUUCGCAACUACAAACCCCAACGGCCUCUGGGACUACUCGCCUUUUCUCUGCGGCGCCGGGCUGGCAGAAGGACUUGAGCUCUCCUAUCGGUGUGCCAUGGUGCUAUGGGAUAAGCUGCGAGAGCUCCUGUUGGUUGUAUAUCUGCACGGUAUGCUGUCAGCGCAUCAGUACCUCAAGACUCCUCUGCGCAUGUUUACCCACUUGGAUGUCAUGUUUCACAACGACUUCUUUUCAGGCGAAGGUCAGCCAAGCUACGACUUUUCUUCGGGCUUCCCCCCUCACACCAACAAGCACGGGGCCCGCGAAUAUCACCGCCAAGAAAGACUGAGCCGUCGCGCCAUACUUUCGGCCUGUACCACCCGCGAUUUCCUCGAGCUCUUCACUGUGAAGCAUUACAAGCACAAGUCGGAGCUUGUUCUCUACAGCAAGGCGGGCUGGGAUCCUGACCGAAUUCCCGACAGCGACAUUCACCACAUGUCGGCCUUGGGCUUGAUCCGGCUCAGCCAAAUGUCGCGACUGUACGACCCGGCAACGUCUGAUUGGAUGAUAGCGGGCGCCAACUUGCUCAGGAGUCAAUGGCCCAAGGUGCAUACUGUGGAGGGCGAUGUAACUGACGAUCCCAUCUUGGAGAGCGUGAGGAAGCGCGUGGACGCUAUGAAGAAGGACAUCAAGGAGCUGACCAUUAUGCCAAACUGCAUCGUCACGCCGUUGUCGUGGAUCUUUGACCCUAACAAGGUUGUGAACAAGGAUCCGAACAUGACGCCCGAGAUGAUGCUGAGCGUAAUCUGGAACGACCUUUAUUCCGACAUCUGCUGCGAAAUCAAGCCCUAUUCGAGCCUCAACUACUUGUGGAUCACAACAAGCGUUCUGAGAUUCUACGAAGAGUUUGAGGAGGAGGCCCGAACCAACGGCACCGAGGCGGUCAAGGCCAUGUUUGAAGAAACGGUCGAGGAUCUCACCGUGGGAAGGGACAGACGGGUCUUUGUUUCGUUGUUCGCUCUGCAUGGCACGGAUAAGGAUGUCCUUGAGACUGUUGCCAAGACGUUUGAGAAGAAUGACAGGGGCGUGGCUCAUCUGAAGUACUUUGACAUGGAGAGGACGGAGGAAGAGGAGCGUGGACCGGUGAUUGGGUUUGAACGGAGCCCGUGUUGCGUGAUGUGA